AUGGCACCGUUUGAGGCCUUGUAUGAUAAGAGGUGUAGAUUGCCCAUAGGUUGGUUUGAAGUGGGUGAGGCAGCCACGAUUGGACCCGAUGCAGUGUUUAAAGCUAUGGAGAAAGUUAAGUUGAUUAGAGAAAGGUUAAAGACACCUCAAAGUCGUCAAAAGACUUAUGCCGAUGUUACAAGGAGAGAUCUUGAGUUUGAGGUAGCAUAUGAGGUUGAGUUGCCCUCAGAGUUGUCCUUCGUUCACCCAAUCUUUCAUGUCUCCAUGCUCAAGAAGCAUAUUGGUGAUUCUACUGUGGUUGAUCCUUUAGAGAGUGUCAACAUUCAGGAUAGUCUUUCCUUCGAUGAGAUUCCCGUGGAGAUCCUAGAUUUUCAAAUUCGUAGACUCAGGAACAAAGAAGUUCCGUUGGUCAAGGUUUAA